AAGAUUGAACCUCUCCAAAAUUGUGAAAAGCAAUUGAAAACGUAAGUUGUUGAGGGAGAUUCGAGUUCCAAAGCUACGAUUCAACUCAACUCGAACAUACACUAAAUUCGUUGGGGUUGUGGAUAGGUUUGUUUAGGAAAGUAAUUUGUAUCGAAGUUUCCGAUGGGUCGGUUUGAAGUGUGAUGAUAUUUUGCAGAGGAUUGGGCGAUGGAAGAAGAUAAGAAACUGUCGUUCGUAGCUAAGAGAUUCCUCCCUUCUCCAAUUCAGCAACUCUCUCUUCUUGCUCAACAAUGCAACGCUAUAAAUCUCGCUGAAGGAUUUCCAGAUUUUCCAGCUCCCCUCACCCUGAAAAACGCCGCCAUUUCCGCCAUUAACUCCGAUUUCAACCAGUACAGGCAUGUCCAGGGGGUAUGUGACGAACUGGCCAAGGUAGUUAAGAAAACUCAUGGAUUAAAUGUUAACCCUCUUACUGAUUUUGCUAUUUGCUGUGGUCAAACUGAGGCAUUUGCUGCUGCUGUAUUUUCUGUGAUAAACCCGGGUGAUGAAGUUAUCAUUUUUGAUCCAUCGUUCGACUCAUAUGCAAAUGUUGUAUCCAUUGCUGGGGGAAUUCCUGUAUAUGUAUCCCUUGAUCCACCUAAGUGGACUUUUGACCCAAAUAAACUUUUGAAGUCCUUUACGGAUAGAACAAAGGCUAUAGUAUUGAACAGUCCUCACAAUCCAACCGGAAAAGUUUUCUCCAAAGAUGAACUUGAUGCAAUUGCGGAAGCAUGCUGUGCCAAUGAUUGCUUAGCCAUAACAGAUGAAGUUUACGAGUAUAUAACAUUUGGCGAUGCAAAACAUGUAUCUCUUGCCUCACUUCCAGGAAUGCACGAGAGGACAAUCAUCACAUCUUCUCUGUCUAAAACAUUUUCUGUUACAGGCUGGAGAGUUGGUUGGGCAAUUGCUCCUGCUUUUAUUGCCUCUGCAAUAAGAAACAUUCAUAGUAGAAUUACGGACACUGCUCCUGCCCCUUUCCAGGAAGCUGCCUUGAUUGCAUUGCGAAGUCCUCCAGAAUAUUUUGAGUCACUACGACGAGACUACGAAUCGAAGAGAGACUUUAUCGCUAAGUUGCUUGUUGAUAUCGGAUUUGAAGUCCAAUUUGAGCCGCAAGGCUCUUUUUUUCUGUUUGUAGAACUCCCCAAAAGUUGCACACUCACUGACGUUGAUUGUGUUGAGGAACUGAUAAAACAAGCAGGAGUGGUGGCGGUGCCGGGAUGUGGAUUCUUUCAAACGGAUUCAUCGAGAGAGAAGGGCGUGAACAAAGAUUGUAGCUACCAAAAUAGAUAUAUCAGGUUUGCUUUCUGCAAAAGUAAUGCCACCUUGACUUCUGCUGCACAAAAACUGAGUGAAGCUAAAUUUGAAUUUCUCAAGAUGCAUUGAUUGAUUGUAGUGAGCAAGGUGGUUGUUAGUUAGCAUGAAGUAUUCUAUAAUAACCAUUGGAUAUAAAAUUGAUGUAUUUCCUUGGAUGCUGGAAACAUAUGGUUCCAAAACCUUGUCCACUCUCUAGGGAAGAGUUUGUUUUCCCAAUUCUUAGGAAAGCAAAUGGGCUUUGUAUAAGUGAUAGCCCAAAAACAUCUUGCAAGAUUAUGAGCCUAUCUUUAUUAGGAUCAUGACAAUAAAUUGUUGAUCUGGCUACAUUUUCUAGAUGGUAAAAAAAGCAAAUUUAAAAAGCUACUGAUAGUUAUCGGAUAUCCGUAUGAUAUCACUAAAUAUUUGUUAUAUUCA